GACUCACGUGUACUCUGCGCAAGUGCCUGAGCUUUUGUAAACUCCAAAAACUCUAUUCGCGCGCGUAUAUAUUUUCAAAUGGAAUACCUUCAUCAAUACUUUACUUACCACCGUGUAAAUAAUUUAUUGUGUCUUAGAUAUAUUUUAUAAAUAAAACUUUUUUUUUUUAAUUUAUGAACUGUGUGUUGUUUUGUUUUGUUUAUGGUGAAAAAUUUGACCAGUGAUUUUAUUGUUGGUAAAAAUAAUUUAAAAAAGUGUGCUGAUGAUGAAUGAAAUGAAUUUGGAGUAAUAAAUUUAUUUAUGUGUGAAAAAAUAAUUGGAAAUCAUAAGUCGAUUCUUUGCCACAGUCCCCGCGGCAAGGACGCCGUGGAUGGGUGGAAAGAGUACGAGGAAUAAGAAGAAGAGGAACAAGAAGAAGAUCCAGGUGUGUGCUACGCAAGAGAUCUUCAAUAAACGGUCGACAACCUUUAUGUCUAUCAGUUUAGUGCAUUCAUGCGUCGUCUUGUCUUAUAAUUUUUUAAAAAAUUAAACUCUUUUAUAAUAAAAAUCUAAAGUGUCAAUUUAUUAUUUUUUAUGGCUUAACAUAAAUAUUUAUUUUAUCAGACUUAAAUUGCGGAAAGGACUAUUUGUAGGUUAAUCCGAAUCACUCUCUCUCGAGUGGAGCCUGGAGGCUGGUGCCGCUGUUUAACCGGCAAUGCGCGACGACACGAGAGAAAAAGUGUAAGCGAGGCAGUAAUAAAGCCAGCAGGUCGUGGGAGAGAAUUGGCGACGAGAUUUUCCAUGCACAUGCUCACGUCGCGUCGGAUGCAUCGUCUUACAACCGGCAACUUGGCCGCACCUCGUGAUUACAUCAGUCAGUUCUGGGAAUAAUAAACUAUUUAAAUUUAAAUAAAUAUUUUAUUUAUUUAUCAACUGAAUAAAUAGAUAAAUAAAAGCACGUGGUGCACGCACGUGUAAUUUCGGAGUUUUAAAAAACUAACGUGCAUAAAAGAGCAUGAUCCUUAAAUGUCCAUCAAUUACGCGGUUCACUUGAGCUUUUUUUUACCCGCAAAAGUGUCCUGUGUGUAAGAGCGCCAGCCAACAGUUGGUUGUAAAUUACAAGAGUAAGCAACAAAAAGUUGAGAAAAGUAAAGUAACACUUGGACUCGCUAUACUCGGGAGAUAAUUAAACGCGUUCCAUCUCAAGAAGUAGAGACGCAAAAUUGUCGGCGAAAGAUACAAAGUCUGGCUGGCUGACGUGCGAAAAUAAGAAACUGCAUCGCAAUUACGAUUAAAGGUUCAAGUAUUUGUCAUUUUCUUGUGUGUGUUUAUUCUCUUUGUGUAUAAAUUGUUAAGCAAUUACUGUGGAUAAAGUUUUGUAUUUUGGAGUACAUAUUGUAUACAUAACGGAACACACAUAUAUAUAUUAUAACAAAGUCUGUGCUUGUGUGGUAAUUCACCUGUCCGAGACAACUUGACACCGUUUUGUUUUUUUAAUCUUAAAUAAUUAUUAAUUGUACGAAAGUCACGAUAAAGACCAAGUACUGUGUUCCUUUUAUAUUUAUUUAUUUGUGUUGUUUUAUAAAUAGUGUGAGAACUAGUGGUUUUUAAUAAAUGAAGCCGAGUGUAUUGAGAUGAUUAUUUAGUAAUAAAAAAAAUAAUAAUAAUAAUAAUAAUAUUUGUUAUUAUUGUGAAUAAAGUGUGUGUUUAUUCAGGAUCUAUAUAGUGAGGAUCUAAGCGGAUGUGGAUAAAGAAUUGUGUAUGACGAGGAUACAUCUCUAUAUAUUUAUUAAAAAAAAACGUGGAUUCUAAAACAAGGAAUAAAUAUAUUGGAGUGGCUAUUGUACGAAUCGCUGUUGCACGUUGUGUGUGACAAAGUGGCUGAAUAAAAGGGCCUGUGAUAAUACAGAGGUGAGGCAAGUGUGGUGAUGCGGUAGUCGCGAGAUUCACGAGGGAAGCCAUGAGGGCUGCCGCUGCUUACGUCCUGUUUUUUGCCCACCUCAUACAGGCGACAACCGGUAGCGGAUAUUUCGAGGUGCAGAUACUGUCGUUAACAAACAACAGGGGCACGCUGGUUGACGGUCGUUGCUGCGGCGGGGGACGUGACUCCGGCGGACGGGGUGGCUUUCCACCCUGUUCACAAACUUGUACAACAGCAUUUUGGCUGUGUCUCAAAGAGUAUCAGUCAAAUGUAACAGCCAUUGGCUCAUGUAGCUUUGGCAACGUAUCUAGUCAGGUGCUUGGACAAAAUACAUUUACUCUUAUUGAACCUGUCACACUUCAACUACAUUUCACAUUCAGAUGGACGCGUCAAUUCACGCUGAUUCUGCAGGCACGAGACGAGCCCAAUGGUGGAACAAUCGAAGAGGCGAGUUACAGUGGCAUCGUCCUUCCGGGUACUACGUGGCACACCUUAAAUCAUCAAGGACGAAACGCACAUCUUACGUAUCGUUUACGGGUCCAGUGUGCCGAUCAUUAUUACAACGCAACGUGCACGAAAUUUUGUCGACCACGAGACGACAUAUUCGGGCACUACACCUGCGACGAAAACGGUGAUAAAGUCUGCAUACAUGGAUGGAAAGGCGCCGACUGUGAGACAGCGGUUUGUAAAGAAGGUUGUCAUCCAAUUCACGGUCACUGUAACACAAGCGGCGAAUGCAAAUGUCGUCAUGGGUGGCGAGGAGAACUUUGCGACCAGUGUACGCCGUAUCCAGGAUGUAAACACGGGUACUGCAAUGGGUCAAGCUGGCAGUGCAUAUGUGACACAAAUUGGGGAGGAAUCCUCUGUGAUCAAGAUCUAAAUUAUUGUGGCACACAUGAGCCAUGUCAGAAUGGCGGAACGUGCGAGAAUACUGCUCCAGAUCAGUAUCGGUGUACGUGUCCGGACGGUUUUUCCGGAUCGUCAUGUGAAAAAGUUGACAAUCCGUGUGCAUCAAACCCCUGUUUAAAUGGUGCUACGUGUGUUGAACUGGGUGAAACGGCGGAGUGUCAAUGUGCGCCAGGAUUUUCGGGUCCUUAUUGUGCAACAGAUGUCGAUGAGUGUGCGUCCCAGCCUUGUCAGAACGGCGGUACUUGUGUUGAUGGAAAAAAUGAAUUCAUAUGUCAUUGUCCGGCUGCAUGGCAAGGCACACUCUGUCAAUUUGACGUUGAUGAGUGUAAUCUCAAAGAGUCACCGUGCAAAAACUCAAUAACCUGCGUCAACCUUGCUGGAGAUUACAGAUGCCGAUGUCGAAGCGGGUUCACGGGAAAAAAUUGCACUAAAAAUAUAGACGACUGCGUGGGUCAAUGUCAACACGGAGCUCUCUGUAUUGAUUUAGUUAACGACUAUCACUGUUCAUGUAAUCCUGGUUAUUCGGGCAAAGACUGCGACGUGGAUAUCGACGAGUGUGCAUUUAAACCCUGUCAGAAUGGCGGAGAAUGCCGAGAUUUAGUGAACGCAUACGAGUGUGUUUGUCCUGUGGGUUACACUGGGCAUCAGUGUGAAAUUGUCAAGGACCACUGCAAUCCUAAUCCUUGCAGAAAUUCGUCCCCGUGUUUCAACACUCAGACUGACUAUUACUGUCACUGUCCCGCACAAUGGCAGGGUAAAAACUGCUCUGAACUGGCAGCACACGAUCCCCAGAUCCGGCUGGACGACGGCAGUCCAGGAUGUGGGAGUGAAGGAACGCCCUGCAGUGGACGUGGUAGAUGCAGCAAUGGAAUUUGCAUUUGUGAUCCUGGUUACACCGGUCAACGCUGCCAUGAGAAUAUUAACGACUGCCGUGGGAAUCCUUGUCUCAAUGGUGGUACCUGCGUGGAUCUCAUUAAUUCGUUCCAGUGCAUUUGCCAAGAAGGUUGGACUGGUGACCUUUGUGAUGAAGAUGUUGACGAGUGUACAAACUCGCCCUGUCGCAACAAUGGAACAUGCAUAGACGGAGUGGCAGACUUUACAUGCGAGUGUCGUGGCGGCUGGAAAGGUAAAACCUGUACACUCAGAGGCGGUCAUUGUGAGCCAGUAACAUGUAGACACGGUGGUACAUGUCAAGAUCACGGUGAUGGGUUCACAUGUCACUGUACCCCAGGAUGGGAAGGCGCUGCGUGUCACAUCGCUUCACCAGCGUGUGCAAGUACUCCAUGCGAGAAUGGCGCGACCUGCGUCAAUACUGCGGACGGCGGAUAUCGUUGUAUCUGCCGUGAAGGUUUUGAAGGUCCAAACUGUCGUAAAGACGUGGAUGACUGUCAGCCAUUGCCAUGUUUGAAUGGCGGUCGAUGCGUAGACGGUGUUAAUUGGUUUAGAUGUGAGUGUGCUCCAGGAUUUACCGGACCAGAUUGCCGGAUUAAUGUCAACGAGUGUGCAAGUGAUCCAUGUAUGGGUGGAGCUACGUGUAUCGAUGGUAUCGCCAGUUACUCGUGUAUAUGUCCACCCAGUAGAACAGGUAUUCACUGUGAAAUAAGGACACCAAGUGGAGCCGGUUGUAGUGCAACUACGUGGGAUAAUGACUGUAAUGUUUGCGAAUGUCGCAAUGGUAAAAAUCAAUGCAGCAAUGUGUGGUGUGGCCAGGGAAAUUGUCUCAAUGGAACAUCUUGUCUAGCACACGAAGUUUGUGUACCGUCACCCGGAGAAAGUUGCUUAGCACCAUCAUGUUCUCCGUGGGGCGAAUGUCGACCUGUUGAGACUGGCAGAAGAGUUGGACCUCCAGCGCUUCCAGCUCCACCUUCCUGUUGGCCAGGUCAGGCUAUUCCUGGUCCAACUUGUUCAAGACUUACAAUUUUAUUGAGAAGAGACACUUUAGCACCCGGUACCUCUGUAGAGCUCUUAUGUAGACAAUUAAGAAGACUGCUGGCAGAUCCACGAAGACCCCAAUCUGUCGUACUGCUGUGCGACUUAAAACCAGGCGAUAAUGACACUAUUGAGGUGACAAUAUUCUCAGAAGCGGCUGCAGACGCAGCACGUGAUCUAGGCGAGGCUCUGAGUAGACCCAUAAGCAGGCCUCCGACUCUGGCCUCAGUAUUAGAAGUCAAAGUCGAGACGGCUCUGCUCACCGAUCCAAUAAACGCCUCAAAUAGCUCCAGUAGCAGCGGAUACGUUGCCGUACUUGGCGGUGCGCUUGCUACUGUUCUUAUUCUGGCGCUCUUGGGCGGUCUCUGGUACUUAAGAUCAAGACAGAGAUCCGGACUAACUGCAACAACGAGCAGCGAAACUUCAUUGCAUCGGCACCGCAGUGAUCUCGACGAGAAGUCUAAUAAUCUACAGAAUGAAGAAAAUCUCAGGAGAUACGCGAACCCACUUAAAGACUCGGAUACCGGUGAGCCGAGAGUCUCCAUCGUAAGACCACUCUCAGGUAUGUCUUUGGGUGCUCUAGGACCCGCUGAAGAAAGCCUCGAAAUGGUUGCUGAGGAAGGACGGCAUCGUUUGCCGCCUCUCUACAAACCAACAAGCGCCGAGGCGAGAAAUAACACCGCGAGUUUUUCUUAUGAAGAAAGCCUUCAUAAACCCUAUACAAAACCACGUCUCCAAGAGCCCGCUUACUCGCAUCAACCACCGCCUCAGCAGCAACAACCCGGAACGAGCGCUCAAAUAGUUCCACGUCAGGUGCUAACUGUACACGUUUAAUCAGACAUUUAUUUCAUGAUUUAGUCAAGAGUAUCGUGAUUUUAUAUAUUAUGAUGAAUAAUUUCCGCACGAUUGUAAUAUAUUUUAACUUAUUGCAUCGUGCCGUGGUGUUUAUAAUACCGAGUGAUUGAAUUUAAAUGACAUUUAGUCGAGUGGCCGGAUCCACAGUCAAGCCGCGUCAACACAAAGACUUGCUUGGUCCUCAUUUUAAUCUUUAAAACCUUGAUAAUAAAGAAAAAGGUACGACUGUCCACGGCCAUCAAUAUAUAGAUUGUAGUAUUAAUAAUAUAAAAAAAAAAAGAAAAAAAAAACGAUACAGAGAAAUUUAUACAUAGAAAUAUAUAUAAAUAUAUAAAUAAAUAAAUAUAUAUAUAAAUAUAUACAUAUAAUAUAAGAUAUAAGAGAUAUAUAUUAUAGCAGAGAGAUUAUGAGAUAAUAAAAAAAAACAUCAAGAGGAACACAACAAAGGAAAGUACGCAGAUUUAAAAUUAAUCUUAAAAGGACAGCCUCGUUGGCCUGUGUCACGGGGGUCUAACUACAAGACACAUCAUCAGACAAUAUUCCCGUUGCCGCGUGCCUGCGAUGUCGGACUUUGUUGUUCAUUUAUGGCCGAGAGUACUACCUUCCUCUAUGUAAUAGUCCAUAGCGCACACCGAGAUCAAGUGAAUAAGUCUCCGACACUUGUUUUUAAAUUCUACAGGAUCAGAGAAUGAAUGAUACGCCCAAUACAAUCCAAGUACCACUAACACCAGUACCAGCAUAUCCAAGAAAGUACUUCAAAUAUAAUAAUAAUAAUAAUGAUAAUGAUAAUGAUAAUAAUAAUAAUGAUAAUCAUAAAGUAUAUCCAGUACCAGUAAAAUAAAAUAGUGGACAAAAAGGUAUAAUGUACCGCAUAGCACGCUGUGUGCCGUAGGGUGUAAUAAUACUCGCCGAUAAAACGCUAAGACGUGACAAUAAAUCACUCAACUCUCACACAAUUAUAAUUAAUGAUAAUGAUAAUGCACAAUUGUUAUCGUUGUACAUAUGUACAUAUUCUGUACUUAUUAAUUUUAUUAAGCGUGGAUUGUCUUCCCGGAAGAUGGCCCCAACCUCUAUAUACUAUUUUCCAUUCCUAUUAAUGCUAGACUUCAUAGCUAGAAUUUCUUUUUUUUACUUUAAUAUUUUAUUUUAUUUUUAAAUUUUAAAAAAUGUAAUUAAGUUUUAAUUAAAAUUUCAAAAAUCUUAAGGGUACUUUGUAGAAUUUUAAGAUCGAUGUACCGUAACUAUAGGCUCUAGGGUUGUGAUACGCUCAAGCAUUCACCUUUAUAUAAAUAUAUAUGUAUAUAAACAUAUAUAUAUAUUAAUAUAAAUUAAUGACAUACUAUACGUCUGAUAAUGUAACGUUUAGCAGCAGUUCGGUACAUUCCUCCAGACAACAUUGUGAUAAUCAUGUACGAUGACAUUUUACCGUCAAAUCACACGUACGAUAGUUUAUUAUUCAUUUAUAUUUUUAAUUAUAAUUAUAAAUAUUAAUAUUAUUUUUAUUAUUUUAUUACUGUAAUCGUAUGUGUUUUAAACAUUACUAUUAUUACUGUACGUUUAUACUCUGUACUUUGUUUUUACUGUUUUAUUAUUUUAUAUAUUAAUUAAAUUAAAUUAAAUUAAAUUAAUUAAUUGAAGUAAUGAGUGUAUGAUUUAUUGUAAUGGCUCGUGUUUGAUAAAAUAAUAAAUAAAUAAAUGAAUAUAAAUUAAACGAGCGAAAAAGAUUUUUAUGUACUGUACAAUAGUUAAUCUUUAUAUAAAUAUUCACAAUUAUUGUGAUGUUAAAAUAACUCUAAGUUGUCUCAAUUAAAAGAAAUUAUUAAAAAUACAGUUAAUUAAAAAUACUUUAAUAAAUUUUUAAUAAUAAAUUAUGUGUCGAGUUAAUUGUAUAUAAUGAAAAAAUUAAUUAUAAUUAAGUAUGACUUUUUAUAUAUCAUUUAUAAUUAUAAAAUUAUAAUAAAAGAAUAAUAAUUGAUAAUGUAUGUGCAAUUGUAAACGUUCAUUUAAUAUUUUAUUUGGUCUAGAGAAAAAAAAUUUUGUUUUUUAAUUAACGCGUUUUUAUUUUAUAUUAGAUAUAUGUCCAUAGAUUAUUGGGUUGCAAGUUUUAAAAACUUAAAACUCAAUAAAAAAAUCAGAUAACAUUAAUAGAUACUUGAUUUAUAUUAGAUAAAGUGAAAGAAAAAAUGAUAGAUUGUAUUAUUAUAUAAUUUUUACUGCCUCCGAUAAUUAUUUUCGUUUGUCGAAGACAAUGAUUCAUCAAUGACAGUGUGAAAAAAAAAAUUUAUAAUUUAUAAUUCGUCAUUAAGUAUGCAAUGAAAAUUUAUUCUCACGUUAAUUUAACUGCAAGCAAAAAUAAAUUAGUAAAUAAAUAAUUGUUGAAUCAUUGUCUCUGGUCGAUGAGGAUAAUUAUGAUGAUUAUGAUUAUGAUGACGAUAGUAGAUAGAGUAUGAAACGACAUCAUCAUGUAGGUGUCUGAAAAUUAACUUGUGUCUGUCUUGAAUUAUUUUAACGAGAGAGAGUGCGUGUAAAUAAAUUCCCAUCGUCGUCCCCCACAUGAUCCCGCCACAAUCCCGUGCGUUUAAAUAUAAAAGCGAUGAUGAACAAAAGGUUUCAAUAAAAAGUACAAUUAUAAAAAUAAAAAAAUAAAAAAAAUU